AGCAACGCACUGCAGGCAAGAGAGACGCAGGCCCCGUGUUCUCCUCCUCAUCCUCCAACGGCUUUUACAGCUUCGUUCAGGAACGAAGCAGCACUCUCUCUCCCAGCUCUCGUGUCACGACGGACACGUCAUUGAAACUUGUGGUGAACUUGCGAAACCGCUUGGCUUGCCGCGCGGCAAUCUCUCAACGAGAUGUGAAGUUUAUUAGUCGUGUUAUUUUUCAUAGACGAGGGCUUUAUUUUUUUUUAAUUUCCAAGUACGCGUGCUUAACAGCCUAUGAAGAAGGCACGCUGCUAAAAUAUUCUGAAGUUUGGUAAUGUAGAAAUACCUCCAGGGUCUGGUUUGGUUUUGUCGUCUAACAUGUCCGCGCGUGGUCAAGACGGUUAGACAAAGCUGUUCGGAAACGUUGGUCCACACUUGAAGGUUUUUCGGUCUGAACUACAAGCAAAGACUUCAGGCUUUGUCUGCACCUGUGCCAGGAAGACAGGAAGUACGAGUACAAUGAACAGGAAAGUUGUCUGGAAUUUCUAAAAGCAAGAGCAGCCCCGCAGCAAAUAGCAAUGUUCACGAUUCUGGUGAAGACCCCCAAAAAGGUGUGUCUAUUAAAAUCGUGUGUCGGUCCGCAGUAGAAAAAUAGUAGAGGAAGACAAGAGUAAAGUUGUUUAACUCACAGCUGUAGGAUCCCAACGCAUCGUCAUCGUCAUCAACAGCAACAGCAACAAGAAAGUAGACAAGUCGUCAUCGAGCCCAAAGUGAGGACCAAUGGGGGUUCAGCACUCCAAAGGACGUAGUCUGGCCUCCAUCGAGAGGAACAGCAGCCGCCGGAAGUACCUUCCGGCCAACGGACCUUCCUGCAACGGUCACGACUCUGCGGCCACUGCCACCAUCGAGGACAAAGCCGCCCAGGAGUUGCCUCCCUUCACAGACCGCCAGAAGGAGCUGGUGGUAGCCACGUGGAAAGUGGUGCAGGAAGAUAUUGCAAAGGUCGGGGUCACCAUGUUCAUGAAGUUGUUUGAGACGCACCCUGAAGUGCAGAGCGUCUUCCUACCCUUCCGGGGCAAGAGUCACGAGGACCUGCAGGACAGUCCGCAGCUCAAGUCGCACGCGCUGCGCGUGAUGGGGACGGUGGAGACGUGCAUGAACCACAUUCACCAGCUGCAGGAGCUGCACCAGACGCUGCACGACCUGGGCGCCCGCCACGUCAUGUACAACGCCAAAGUCGACUACAUUGAUCUGAUCGGCCCGCAGUUCAUCUGGGCUAUCGAGCCCGUUGUUGGAGAUCAGUGGACCCCGGAAGUAGAACAGGCGUGGUCUGACCUCUUCAAGCUCAUUGCUCAUAUCAUGAAAGAUGCCAUGACCUUCUAAAUCCCGAUGGUCACUCUCUGACGUCACGAGUAGGCGCACAUCUCGCGCAAGCCCCAUCACCUCUCCACGUCACGUCACGUCACCUCACCACGUCACGUCACCUCACCGCGUCACCAGACGCUCAACAGUGGAGCCCUUCGAGAUCACACAGGCAGGCAUUGCCACGACCGCGACAUUUUCAUAGCACUUUUUUUUUCUCAUGCCGCGCAUGAUUGGCUAAGCCACGCCCUCCAAGAAUGUUGUGCAUCGUGUGAGAGUUCAAGGUCGUAACCCGUCUUCGAGAUGACUGUACUCGGGAUUUCCUGAAUUCUUAAAGGAUAAUCAGCACGCAGGCACUAAGAUGACGUCAGGAGGGUGGAGGACUACGUCACAUUGCAAGGAAGCUGCUGGGUGAGGCUCUGCAACAUUCUGACCUGGUGACCGCUCGGCUCGGUGCACCCCUGAUGGUGAGGUCACCACGUGACUAUAAACCAAGUCCGCGUGAUGACUUACUGCACGACAACCUGACUUUUCAAAUAAUCGUCUUUCCGACUCGAGCAGAGAAAUGUCAUUGGCGAUCCAGAUCCUUGAAAUAUGAUGACUAGGGAAAGCUUGAUGGAUAACGGUUUGGGCUGUGGUCCCCCUUUCACCUCUCCAAACUGUCUUUUCCGAAAUCUCGUACUUGUUUGACGUAAAUCUGCGAGGCAAAGCUCAGCGCUGUCGGAUCAUGUUAUAAAAGCAAUCAAUGAUGUCGGAAUAUUCUUGGUGCUAGUUUUUUUCUUAAAUACUUUAUUCUCUCUUUAUUCUCAAAGAAAUUUGGCUAAUAGCAGUCCAUGAAACUUCGGAUUCAUUUAUAUGUAGACAGUUAUUACUGCCUUGAACCUUCUGUUUCAUUUUCGGCUUAUGUUGAAGCCAGUUGCAAUCAGUGUCAUCGCAGUCUUUAGAUGUACCUUCUAGGACGCUGCUAACAUCUUAAAUCCUGCUGCUCACUGAUGACCAAUCGAUGGUCAGUAACGAUACCGGAGAGUAGACUAAAGAACAUAAGCCAACUACUUUGUAGGAAACAAGAUCUCCACACUCGCAGGACACCAGGAACCUCUACUUUCAACAGUCAAGCGACGAAAGAUGGUCAUCCUUGGUCACGUGACCAGGCACGACACCCUGUCAAAGACUAUCCUUCAAGGCAACUUAGAGGGCCACCUACAUUACUAAGGUCAAAGAAAGAACUGGUUUACAAAGGUCAAAGACUGGACUAGUCAUCCUGUACAGGACCUGCUGACUAUCGCCCACAAUAGGCAAGAGUGGGUGGACAUCAGUUGUCGCGUCCCUCCAUGUGUUCCUCCCAACGACAGGUGCCGGUCAAUGGACGACUAAAUGCGUCUAAAUUUUUCUGCAGCCCUCGGCUAGAAAAACCUGGCUUGGUCAAGGAUAAUAUCUCUCCUUGAUUUCAAUAUUAAUAAUCAAUAAUAAUUCGCAAAAUGAGUUUUGCCAUCCUAACAAGAGCAAAUCCAUCUUAUUGGUCAAGGUGGUGAUGACGAUAUUUGUCAUCUCAACGUGAGCUUUACAAUAUUUGUUGCCACAGCAACCAGUGGUAGUUAUUGCUAACUCGUGACUGUUGACAGUUUCAACUGUACAGUAAACAAUGGUUUACAGCCUUCAAUGAUUGCUGCUUAACCGCACCAUGUGCUUGAAUCGGAUCAGAACAGUAAAGGAUCGGCUUAUCUUUGUGCUUCAUCGUGUAAACAAAAUACUAAAACCUUUGUUUGCAGUUAAACACUUCUGUUAUUGUAAAUGCUGUGGUCAUUAUCAAGUUAGUUGCAAGCACACAACCUAAAUACUUUAAUACUUUUAACUACAAACAGUUUUACAUUUUCAGUUGAACGUUUAAUUAAGCUUGGUAGAAAAAAAUAAGUUUAAUUGCUUCUUGGUUAGUGCUCUUGUUAUAAAUUAUGUGAAAGUUGUGUUUUUCAGUUUUCAUUUAAUAUAGACGAUCUCACUGUAUGGAGGGAUUCUUUACUGACAUGUACAAUCUUUUUAUAUUUAUCUCUAUGUUUUUAAAUAUAUAUGCCUUUUUGAAUAUGUAUGUGGAUCAAAUUUAGUAACACACAUGCGCACACAACUAGAGAAAAAAGAAGAAUUUAAGGAUGUCUAAUUGUGAAUGAACGGAACACAAAAUGUUGAACAGACGAUUUUUAAGGAAGACACAGCACCGUACUAGUUCAGAAGAUUCGAAAGCUGCCCAGUCUUAGAGUUUUUUUUCUGUUUUUUUUUUUUUUUUUAGCUUUUUAUGAUAGCUUUUUAUUGCAAAACAAAAACUUUGCAAAAUGAUCAUUGGAAGCAAAUUCUUUGACAUUUACGAAACUAGUUUUCUAGGCGGCUGGAGGCAGUAGUCUAAAAAUGCUUUCUCAUUAUUCUCUUUAAACCACAUUUUUCCGCUUUCGAAACAUCUUGCACGGAUGCGUCUUCUUAAAUCAUCGUAAUUUGGAUUAUUUGGUAAAUGUGACUAAUUCACUGUAACAGAUCAUAAAAUGUGUUCGUGGCAGGUCCGUUUGAAAGAACGGUGAGCUGUCUGCAUGUUGUAGCAACCCUGAUUCUCAUUGAUAAGAUUUGUUUUCUUUUUCUGUAUCUUAAUGAAUAGCUUUCAUCUUCUGUUAUUUUCAUUGAGAUAAUCUUGAUUUCAGAUGAGUCAAGUUUGGUGCUUAGAAAUAAUUUUGCUUUUAAACGAUCCGAAAUGCUUUAAACUAAUGUGAAUGUAUAACUUGAAAUUUAAAAAAACUAUUUUUGCCUAUGUAUUCAAUUUUUGUUGAAAAAUAAUUCCCACAACCGAGAAAAGAUGAUGAUAAACAUCCACUAUUAGCACGUGAUCGCUAACACACAAACGUCUAAGCACGUGCACGCUCGUGCACAAAUGAGUUCGCGGUAGCUCAGUGGCUAGCACAAGGAGGCUGUGUUCACACAACUUCUCAACCGUUGCUUUGCACGUCAUCCAGAACCGUUAUGCUAAUAGUCACGUGUCUUUGUUCUCGACCUCCACAAGUCUAUAGAGUCGUUUAUGCUCACCAUCGCACGCAGACAUGCGCGCGCACCCUCCAGCAUCUUAAUCAAGCGAUGGUUGCUCGACGAGAAGCAAACUCCACUCCAGUUAUGCACGUGCAGGCUUCAGGCGCUUAGCUUUUCAAAAGAAAGACAAACAAGGACUGUUGAAACAUAAACUCGAAACACUGGUCCCUCUUUCCCACUCACAACACUCCUGCAGCAAUUCUUCCUCCUUCACGGGUGAGCUGCUCAAGCAGGGAGGAAGGGGGAGACACUACAGAGGCCCUCUCUAUUCUGUGCCAGAGUCUGGAAGAGUAAAGAACGGUCGUAGUCACGUGCUCCUCACAACAGAAGGUACCAGCCAAGGGAUGACUUUAAUAAGACCUACAGGACUGUCCCAUAUCUUGGACAUUUAGUCAAAGUUCUUCAGGUACAUAGACCCCCCGUCUCUCUCUCUCUGUCUGUCACACACACACAAACAAUCAAUCGAAAAAGAUUGGGAUUGUUUCCAAUGUUUUGCCUAUGCAUUCACAACAUCUGGGAUUGUACUAGUCGGGUAUAAUGAUACCAGAUGGCGCGUGCGAUAGAGCAUGCAACGUUUGUUGUAACACCCUGUCCACGGAAUGUAAUCUGUCGCAGCUGUCGCUGGUGUCCGUUGCUGCAUUGAUGCAGGUCGUUCCCAGUGUCAGUGAGUGACAUCUGUUAUUACAAAUAAAUUUCAUGUUAAUCACA